AGGGGGGGAGAAAGGGAAACGAUGCUAUUAAUAGCCUCGCUCCCUGAUUGGCUUAGCGAAGCAAAAUAAAAAAAGCGGUUUGCACCACGUGAUUUUCCAUCUGAAAACUCCAAGAUGGCGGGUCCCGUCACGGGCUGAUUCCGUUGGCGGCGCGCGCACCGCUGUGCUAGCGCCGAGGGCCCAUCUUCCCCCCCCUCACUGCUUCCCACCCAACAACGGCGGCUUUCGUGACGGUCACUCGUUCUCCAGCACAGCGUUACCCUUCUGUAUCCACAUACUGUACAGGUGUACAUUUUGAAAACAACUUGGACAGUCUAUCAUCGCUUUAGAACAUAGAAUGUCUUUUUGACUGGGUCUCUCUGGUGUCUAUGAAUCUGUUUCCUGGAUAUACUUUCUAUGUUUCAUUGGAGCAGGGCUGUUGUCCAUACAGAAGUUGGCUUGCCUGUUUCAGUAGUUUAAAUAGCACAGAUUCUGCCAGCAAUGAGUUCUCAAAGCCAUCCAGAUGGACUUUCGGGCAGGGACCAGCCAGUAGAAUUGUUAAAUCCAGCCAGAGUUAACCACAUGCCAAGUUCUGUUGAUGUAACCACAACACUACCUUUGCAAGUUCCACCAUCUGUAGUCCCUAUGGAUCUCCGCUUGGACCAUCAGUUCUCCAUGUCAGUGGCAGAGCCUACAUUACGUGAACAGCAGCUUCAACAGGAACUGCUGGCCCUCAAACAAAAACAACAGAUCCAGAGACAGAUUCUCAUAGCAGAAUUCCAGAGACAACAUGAACAGCUCUCUCGUCAGCAUGAGGCUCAGCUACAUGAACACAUAAAGCAACAGCAGGAGAUUCUUGCGAUGAAACAUCAGCAGGAACUAUUGGAACACCAGAGAAAGUUAGAACAACAUCGACAGGAGCAAGAAUUAGAGAAACAGCAUAGAGAACAGAAACUACAGCAGCUUAAAAACAAAGAGAAAGGAAAAGAAAGUGCAGUGGCAAGCACAGAAGUAAAAAUGAAGUUACAAGAAUUUGUCUUAAAUAAAAAAAAAGCUUUGGCACAGAGGAAUCUCAACCAUUGCAUUUCCAAUGACCCUCGUUUCUGGUAUGGGAAAACGCAGCAUAGUUCUCUUGAUCAGAGCUCUCCACCACAAAGUGGAGCAUCAGGAAAUUACAAUCACCCUGUACUAGGGAUGUAUGAUUCCAAAGAUGAUUUUCCACUCAGAAAAACAGCAUCUGAACCCAAUCUCAAAUUACGAUCUAGAUUGAAGCAGAAGGUUGCUGAAAGACGUAGCAGCCCAUUGUUACGAAGAAAAGAUGGCCCUGUAGUUACAGCUCUUAAAAAGCGUCCAUUAGAUGUCACAGACUCGGCAUGCAACAGUGCUCCAGGAUCUGGCCCUAGUUCUCCAAACAAUAGCUCCAGUAAUAUAAGUGCUGAGAAUGGAAUUACUACAUCAGUUGCAAAUAUUCAAGCAGAGACCACCUUGGCUCAUAGACUUGUGAAUCGUGAAGGGUCAGUAACACAACUUCCAUUGUACACAUCUCCCUCCUUGCCCAAUAUAACAUUAGGACUGCCUGCAACUGCUCCAUCCAGUGCUGGAUCAGGACAGCAGGAUGCUGAAAGACUUGCUAUUCCGUCAUUACAACAACGAAUCUCCAUAUUUCCUGGGACUCACAUCACUCCUUAUUUGAGUAGCACUGCUGUGGAAAGGGAUGGAGGAAAUGCACACAACCCUCUUCUUCAACACAUGGUCUUACUGGAACAACCAACUGCACAAAACCCAUUAGUCCCAGACUGGUAUCUUUCAGGACUAGGGGCACUCCCCCUCCAUGCGCAGUCCCUGGUGGGUGCAGAUCGGCUCUCUCCCUCAAUACACAAACUGCGGCAACAUCGCCCUCUGGGGCGCACACAGUCUGCUCCUCUUCCCCAGAAUACACAGGCCCUCCAGCAAUUAGUGAUCCAACAACAGCAUCAGCAGUUCCUGGAAAAACAUAAACAGCAAUUUCAGCAGCAACAGCUGCACAUUAACAAGAUGAUACCAAAAUCAAAUGAGUCUUCCCGCCAGCAUGAAAGCCAUCCUGAAGAGACUGAGGAAGAAUUACGAGAACACCAGGCAUUUUUAGAAGAUCCAUACAUUGACAGGAUAUCAAACUCAAAGGAGGUUCAAGGGUUGGCCAGCAUGGUUCAGGUGAAGCAAGAACCCACAGAAAGUGAUGAAGAUGGGGAAUCGCAACAGGAACUAGAGCCAGGGCAGAGGCAAGCUGAACAGGAGCUGUUAUUUAGACAGCAAGCCCUUCUACUAGAACAGCAACGCAUUCACCAGUUGAGGAACUACCAGGCAUCCAUGGAAGCAGCAGGUAUUCCAGUAUCUUUUGGAGGGCAUCGACCACUUUCUAGAGCCCAGUCAUCACCUGCCUCUGCUAACUUUCCGAUGUCCAUACAGGAGCCACCCUGCAAGCCCCAGUUUACAACAGGCCUUGUAUAUGACACAUUGAUGCUAAAACAUCAGUGUACCUGUGGAAACACAAACAGCCAUCCUGAACACGCAGGAAGAAUCCAGAGCAUUUGGUCACGGCUUCAGGAAACAGGUCUUCGUAGCAAGUGUGAGUGUAUACGUGGAAGGAAAGCGACUCUAGAAGAGCUACAGACUGUUCAUUCAGAAGCGCACACAUUGCUUUAUGGUACCAAUCCUCUGAACAGACAAAAAUUGGACAGCAAGAAACUGUUAGGGUCUUUGUCAUCAGUGUUCGUCAGGCUCCCUUGUGGUGGUGUUGGUGUUGACAGUGAUACAAUUUGGAAUGAAGUCCAUUCAUUCAGUGCUGCUCGCCUUGCUGUUGGAUGUGUCAUAGAGCUUGUUUUUAAAGUAGCUACAGGAGAACUGAAGAAUGGAUUUGCUGUAGUGCGACCUCCUGGUCACCAUGCUGAAGAAAGUACACCCAUGGGUUUUUGCUAUUUUAAUUCUGUGGCAAUUUCAGCCAAGCUUCUCCAGCAAAGACUGAAUGUGAACAAAAUCCUUAUAGUGGACUGGGAUGUACACCAUGGAAAUGGUACUCAGCAAGCUUUCUACAGUGAUCCGAAUGUUCUUUAUAUUUCACUACAUCGCUAUGAUGAUGGAAACUUCUUCCCAGGCAGUGGCGCUCCUGAUGAGGUUGGGAUAGGACCAGGUGUCGGUUUCAAUGUUAAUAUAGCAUUUACCGGUGGUCUUGAUCCACCAAUGGGAGAUACAGAAUAUUUGACAGCUUUCAGAACAGUGCUAAUGCCUAUUGCUAAUGAGUUUGCUCCAGAUGUUGUGCUAGUAUCAUCUGGUUUUGAUGCAGUUGAAGGUCAUCCUGCACCACUUGGAGGAUAUAAUCUAUCAGCAAAAUGCUUUGGGUAUCUGACAAAACAGCUCAUGGGUCUGGCUGGAGGACGAAUCAUUCUGGCCCUUGAAGGAGGCCAUGACCUGACAGCCAUUUGUGAUGCUUCUGAAGCUUGUGUUUCUGCUUUGCUAGGAAAUGAGCUUGAUCCUAUUCCUGAAAAGGUAUUACAGCAGAGACCAAACACCAAUGCAGUUCAUUCCAUUGAAAAGGUCAUUGAAAUUCACAGUAAAUACUGGCACUCACUCCAGCGUUAUUCCUCAACAGUUAGUUACUCUUUGGUAGAGGCACAGAAAUGUGAGAAUGAAGAAGCAGAAACUGUAACUGCUAUGGCAUCAUUGUCAGUGGGAGUUAAGCCACCAUCAGACAAAAAACCAGAUGAGGAGCCCAUGGAAGAGGAUCCUCCACUGUAGCAUUCAUCUUUAAGACUGGAGUUCUCCUGUUCAUUCGUCGUGUCUUGAAUCUCUGCCAAGAAGCUUUCUCUUGUUAGUCCUGCAUCCUGUCAUGGUUUCCUUCCAAACUAGAGAAAGCAGUCAUGUGUGAAAGAAAGCUAAAUCCAUAUCUGUAUAGAAUAUACUUGUGGGAAAGGAAAAAAUGCAGGUGAAGAGCAGAAAUAUGAAAGACAUGGGCACUGAGUGUUCUUCCUCUUUUUCCGGAAUGGAAGCUAUGGGAGGCAAGAGGCCAGUGAAGUAUUUGGCAGAGUUGCCAACCGUUUCUUUUUCUUUCUUUUAAGAAAUCAAAGAUUUAUGACAGACACAAAAACUUUCGUUUAAAACUGGUGCUUAAAAGUUUGAUUACCCUCCAUUCAGACCACUCAAACCAUAUUCAAGUUUUGUUUAUGUUUUAUUUUUGUGGCUUCUGCCUAACUGUGAUACAGACAUUCUCUUCAAAGCCCAAACAAUAUGAAAAUGUGUGUUUUUUUCUUCAUAUGAAGGGUGAAAAAGAGAACUAACCUUUUUAUACCAAUAUACACAUACAUGCAGACUAUAUAUGUGUGGAGAGGAGGAACAUAAAACAAGGAAGAAAGCCCAGAAAGGGGAUCGGCUUUAGCAUCUCCAAAGCCAUCUGAAGAGUUUGUGCCUUUUAUAAACAUAGAUUGGAUUGAUUUGGGGCAGCUGGAUUUUUCUGACAUUUUGAGGAACAAUGCCUUAAAGAAAAGAACUCUGUAGCAGUUUCUGUGGCAGAAUAGGCCAAGAACUGCAACCGUCAAGAAAGGCUUUAGGAUUUCUGCUAGUAUGAUUUCUUAAAGCAAGCAAUGGCUGGAGCUUCUGUGAAACAGUCUACUUGUUUGGGUUCGGUUUGGUUUGGUUGCCGUUUAAAAUAAAAGUUAAGGUAGUUGCCAGUAAUGUGGCAAAUACUGUUGGGUUUCUAAAAUUGAAUGAUUUUUUAAAAAAUCUAUACAUUAUGUAUAACCAUUUAAACUAUGAAUUUGGUUGUAAAGCAUGCAGCAGGCAGAAUUGCAGGUUUUUUAAAAAAAUGGAAUGCUUUUUAUUAAAAGCAACUAGCAUGAGAUACUGCUUAAUAUUUUAGGUAUAAAUAUAUUAUGUAUAAUGUAUAUUCCAAUUGUAUUCCAAACUUAGAAAUACAACUCUUAACAAAUUAUUGAUAAAAUAUUUAUAAUGCAUUUAUAUAAAAUAUAUAAAUAAAUGCAGAUCACAAUGGUAGCCAUUGGAAGUUCCCUUGCAAAAGAUUUAUUUGUGAAUUGGAAUGUAAGGGUUUUUAGAAAAGAGAUCUGGUUUGAAACUUGACCAUUUUCAAACUGUAGUUUGGAAUGAUUUCAAAAUGCCAACAUUUUAGCCACUGGCAACUACCCUAAACGUUGCUGUUUUAAUUUAAAGUUUUUGACUUUGAUCCUCUUCUAACAAAUGAGUUUUCUAGGAAAUGCAUAUUUGUUGUAGAUUUAUUUUAUCUUGGUUUUCAUGAAAGUCCUGCCUUAUUUGCAUGAGUUUUAAUUUUUAAUUUCCAUUUGACAGCUGUGUUUCCAAAACAGUAACCAUUGUCUAGACCUGUGUCAUUUUCCCUUGCACGCUGGAAUUUUGUUUGUGUUUUGCCUUUUGUACAGUGAACAGUUUUCAUGGUCAUGUGAGACAGUUGCAGAUCGUUAGGCUUUAUUUUUAGAAAGCCCUUUUCACAAAAAGAAGGAUUCCAAGGUCGUUUUUAUACCAGGUAAUUGAUUGUAUAUUUUCUCAGUUCUUCAGUCAUCGUUGCUAUGCUACAUUUAAAAAAAAUAAGGAACUUUCUUACCUUAAAAAUGUAUUCGUAUUAUAAAGAGUGAUGUAUCAUAUAUCCUCAGUGUAGACUGUGGCAAAGAUUAUUGAAGGCAUCAGCAACUUAAAUGACCAUUUUGGAGGUCUGCCAAACUCCAUUGGUGCAGUUAAUGCUAAUACAACACAGAGAACUUUUCUGGAACCACUCUCAUUGACUAAGUCCUCUAAAAAACUGUUUCAUCAUGAUGGAGGAGGAGGAGGAGACAGAGGCGAAGGCUGUUGAUUACUUCUUAUUGGCUGGAAGAGUGCUAAUCUUCGCCAUCAUUUCCUUUCCCCCAUUGCCUUUUGAGGUGAGGGGAGUUGACCCUCAGAGUAAGUAACUAAACUUUUAGUAGUGAUAUUAGAUGGUUGGAGGAGACUGAAUUGAGGUGUUCUUUUUCAAGCUGUGUAGGAUAUUUCAUGUCCUUUAUCUGAAUCAACAGUUGUAUUUUUUAAUUUUAUUUUUCGUUUUAAUUUUUUAAAUAACUGACAGGGUCACUUUGUAUAACUUAUUUUCUGGUUCUGAAUUUUUUCUUUUCUUCAUUCCAUUACAAGUGCAUUAGUCAGAAUUAAAACAAAUCUGAGUGAGUGCAUGAAAGAGUUUUAGGAUUUUAUUUAAUGCUCAAUAUGCAAUUUUUAGGAUAAGACACUACGAUAUUUAAGUUCUUGCUAACCCAAAUACAUUCAAAUUGAUGAAUACAUUUUGGCAUUAGAACUGCCAAGAACAAUUACUCUAAGAGUAAAUUUUGACAGUAAAGAUAAAAUGUAUAUUUUAUAAAAUGACUACCUUGCUGCUGUGAUCUUGAACAUGUUUUGCUGUGGAAUCACCUGAUUUCAUAUUUUGUUGCUUUACCCAGUUAUCACUAUUGAUAUCACAUCAACCUAAAAUCCAAAAUCCAUUUUAUUUCAAGCACCAAUUUACAUGUUAUAUUAAAAAAAAUCAUCAUGUGAAAUUGUUGAUAUACAACUUAGUGGUGUUGAUAAGGUAGUCUCAACUGCUUUCAGUGUUGCUACUUCCAAGAUUCUUCAUUUGUUUCUUACAAACAAGUUGCUACAUUAUUGUCAAUACUAAUCUUUUCAAAAUCACACCUUUGUUAUAUAUCAGUCUGUCCCACGGUGUAAAGCAGUUGGGUCUGAUUAAAACAAGGACUGCAUUAUCUCACUCCAAAAGUGAAUCUGGGUUUACCUCUGCAGUUAUGUCGAGCAGGAAGGGAACACUGGCAUCAUGCAGUUGGGGAGGUACCACUUGUAGCCUUGAUUUUUUUUGUCAAGAAGUUUACUUAACAAGGACCUGAUGGGAAUACAUGUGAGCUCUUUAUGUACAAAGAGCCCAAAGUGAUCUAGGCAAUUAGCUUGUAUUUCCCGCAUUUUUAUAUACUACAAACAGGAGGUACCUGAAUUCCACCAGCAAGAUAGUGAAGGUUGUUUUUACUAACCCAGCUUCCAGAAUAUUGGGGUGGUUUAUUACAUCUCAUCUCUUGUAGCAAUUUAGAAAACGAAGGAACAUCUUGAAGCUGUAUUACCCAAACGUGAGUUCUAGGUUGUAGUACACAGUACUAAUACUUGAGUAUUUGAGGGUUGUUUUACUUUAAGUACACAGACAUUCCUUUUUAUUAAUCAUGUACUCAUUCCAUUCUUCCUUUUGUAAACUUUUGGGCCCACAUUUUAUGGGCAUUGAUAUAUAUAAACACACACACACACAAACAUAUAUAUAUAUAUAUAUAUAAAUAUAUAUAAAAUAUAUAUGAAUAUAUUUUUUUAAGUUUCCUACACCUUGAGGUUGCAUGGUCUGUUAGGUUGGCAUGUCUUUAUAUUGUAUACAGAUUUUGCACGCCACACUUGGCAGCUUUGGAAAAAAAAAUCCCCUCUAAUGGCAUUACCAAGAGAUGAAGGAUUAGGAUGUUUUGAAUCACACAAAUUUAAAAAGAGGAGCAUGGAGGGGGGAGAGGACAUUUGUCUUAUUGAACUUACUAUGGACCUGUGCUUUUUUUUGUAAAAUAAGAUAAAAUACAAAGGACUACUUAAACAUUUGUCAUUUUAAGAAAAAAAUAUCUAGCACUUGUGACAAACCAAUAAUAGAGUUUAUUGUAUUUAUGUGGAAAAAUGUUCUAGGGAAACUACACAGAACAUACAGAUAAAAACUGCCUGUAUCAUUUUUUAAAGACCGGGGGGUGUUUUUCUUUAGGCCAGGGAAGGGAUAUGGCAGGCACAAACCUAUGCCAACUUUUUUCUAUUCUCAAAUGAAAAUGACAAGAACUUUAAGGGUUAACGUCAGCACAGCUGUGCAUUUUUUUAAUUACUUGGAAUGAUGUAUCAAUAGAUUUCACUUUUAAGCAGUGAUGUACUGUGCAAACACUGUGGUUUCAAACACAACUUUAUAUCAGCAGGAAAUGAAGUUUCUUCAUAGUGAUAGUUGAGCUUGGUUUCCUCCCAGCUUCACCUUGUAUUUGAUAUUGAUUAAAAGAAUCUUCUGGAAAGAAAGAAAAACAAAGAAUUUAACACUUCUGGUGCUCUACGUUGGAGUUGCUAUAUAUGUGGGUUGAGAAAUUAUUCACCCAAGAGCUUGUUACACAUAUGUAGUACCAAAAGUUGUAAUUCUUAUUAUAUUCUGCUUUAUGCCUAUACAUGCUCAGUAUGUUGUCACCAUUGGUAGCAGCUACCAGUUUACUCUGUAAUUUAGACACAGUUUCACUCUUAACUGUAUGAAUCCUUUAAGUGAUGGUAGCAUAUUCUUUGUACUUAAAUUUUCUUACGACUUUUUUCCUUUACUUGGUGAAGUUGAAUUUUUUUUUCUCUAGAUCUCUCUCAUUCCUGUUUUUCUUAUUUUGUUUUACUUGUUUUUUACUGGCCAAUGGUGUCUUUCUCUGACAAUACCAACUUCAAUUUCAACUUUAAUAGAAGUCCAGUAUUUUGUACCACAUUAUGACAACUUGUUAUUCUUGUGGUGUAAAUAAAGAGAUAAAAGUGAAUUAUAA